UGAGCCAGUUUUUUAAGUGGGCGUGCGUGUGUGUGUAUAUAAAUGUGUGUCAGUACAGUAAUAGAGAGAGAGAAAGAGAGAUUGAUUUAUUACUUUUCACAACAAGUCUUUGAUUCAUUCAGUAAAAGUGAGCAGAGGAACAGUAGCUGAAACCCUGAACAUCUUCCUGGAGAUUUGUGCAUCACAUCCGCCUCUGAGCUUCCAAUAACUCCACUUAAAAGCAAAAGAUGGUUAAGAUCAGUAAAAUAUGCUGCAUCGGCGCUGGGUAUGUCGGGGGCCCGACGUGCAGCGUCAUCGCCAGCAUGUGUCCCGAGAUUACAGUUACGGUAGUCGACGUGAACGAGAACCGAAUCAAAGCCUGGAACUCGGACACUCUUCCCAUUUACGAGCCUGGCCUGAACGAGGUUGUAUUGUCAUGUCGAGGAAAGAACCUUUUCUUCUCUACAGACAUCGACUCAGCCAUCAAGGAAGCAGACUUGGUCUUCAUUUCAGUAAACACACCCACCAAGACGUACGGGAUGGGAAAAGGCAGAGCGGCUGACCUGAAGUUCAUCGAGGCGUGUGCUCGGCGGAUUGUGGAGGUCUCUGAUGGUUAUAAGAUUGUGACUGAGAAAAGCACGGUGCCCGUGCGAGCCGCUGAGAGCAUCCGCAGGAUCUUCGAUGCAAACACCAAACCCAGCCUUAACCUACAGGUGCUUUCCAACCCCGAGUUUCUUGCUGAAGGGACGGCUGUGAAGGACCUCAAGGACCCAGACCGUGUUCUAAUCGGUGGAGAUGAAACUCCCGAAGGUCAAAAUGCAAUCAGGGCGCUAUGCGAAGUGUAUGAGCACUGGGUGCCGAAGUCGCGCAUCAUCACCACCAACACGUGGUCAUCUGAGCUGUCCAAAUUAGCGGCGAAUGCCUUCCUAGCUCAGCGCAUCAGCAGCAUUAACUCCAUCUCGGCUCUGUGUGAGUCCACCGGCGCUGAUGUGGAGGAGGUGGCCCGAGCCAUCGGCAUGGACCAGCGCAUCGGCAGCAAGUUCCUCAAAGCCAGCGUGGGCUUUGGAGGAAGCUGUUUCCAGAAAGAUGUACUGAAUUUAGUGUAUCUGUGUGAGGCACUGAAUUUACCUGAAGUGGCCUCGUACUGGCAGCAGGUGAUCGACAUGAAUGAGUAUCAGAGGAAAAGGUUUGCGUGCAGGAUCAUCGACUGUCUCUUUAACACUGUGACAGGAAAGAAAAUCGCCCUGCUCGGCUUCUCAUUCAAGAAAGACACUGGUGACACCAGAGAAUCAUCCAGUAUUUAUAUUUCUAAAUAUCUGAUGGAUGAAGGAGCCAAGCUGCACAUCUUUGAUCCUAAAGUGGUUAAAGAACAGAUCAUACAGGACCUGUCUCAGCCCAGCAUCUCAGGAGACAAUCCUGAGAGAGUAUCAGAGCUGGUUACCGUGUCAUCAGAUCCUUAUGAAGCCUGUAAAAGCGCGCACGCACUCGUGAUCUGCACCGAGUGGGACAUGUUUAAGGAUCUGGAUUACGCAAAGAUUUAUCACCAGAUGUUGAAGCCAGCAUUCAUAUUUGAUGGCCGCAGAGUCAUCGAUCAUCUGCACCCUGAACUACAGAACCUUGGUUUUCAGAUUGAGACCAUUGGAAAGAAGGUGAUGACCAGGAUUUCUUUCACACCCACGGGUGCAGUCCCCAGAAUUACCCUCAACGAGCCGCCCACGAAGAAAACCAAAGCCUGAGACACGAGCACACGUGUACACACACACAAACACACACACAUAACGCCGUGUCUACAGCGCAUACUCGCAUUUAUGAAAAAAAUUAGUGUUUUCACUACGUUGAGUUUCUCAUUUUUUACAGCAUGGUGUGUUUGGAUCAUUUGGUUCCUUUCACAUCUGCAGAGAUGCAGAAAAUUAUCACACGAUCAAGAAAUUCAGUAGAAACACUUUGAUUUUAGAAUAAUGUUCAGUAUUAACUUUGGUCAUUGCAUCAUUUGGGUUGCACUAAAAGAAAAGGAUCAUCAUGAACUCAUAACUAGAGCCAUUGGCGAGUUUUUACUCGUGUGUGUGUCUCGAGUAUGACAGAAAGCUCCGGUUAAUCACUGUGUAAUCGCGUCACAUGAUCCACAUGCAUACUCUUUAAAUGUGAACUUUUUUUAAAGCAAUUAAAUAAUUUCAUAAUGUACAGAUUAGUAACACUAAUUUAAUAUGAUGAAUUUCUUACAAGCGUAUGGACCAAUAAUAUUUUCACAAAAAUAAAAUAAACAAAAUGUU